UUCGACUCUACGGAGUUUUCCAGCAUACUAUAUACUAGUAUACUUUUUUUUUUUUCUUUUCUCCAAACCGUCGCUUGCUCGACACCACACGACAUCAUCUAUUAUGGCCCAUAAAGCACAGUCUCUAACAUGGGACAGCCUACCUGCUCCUGGAAGAUCCGAGCCUGAGGGUCAAGAACUUCAAGAGUUCUUUGUUCCCAUUAGCGACGACACUACUGAGAGAGCAAGGCCUAGAACUAGCGCCACCAACCACACGCGAGUGCCUUCUGACGACGUGACUCGCACUAAUACACCAACACACGAGAAGCAGCACGCAGACGACGAGGAAACUACCAAGGAACCAGUCGAUAUCUACGAUCCAAAUAGGCCGAAGCUAUCUAUACGACAGAGACUCCAACACUUCACGUGGGCUUGGUAUACUCUACCGAUGAGCGCAGGAGGGCUAUCCUUGCUCAUAUUUGCACAACCUAAUCAAUUCAAUGGUUUGAAAACUAUUGGCUUGGUGGUUUAUAUCGUAAACAUUAUCAUAUUUUCGCUGGUUACAUUGACCAUGGCAGCUCGAUUUGCCUUCCACACAGGCGAAAUGAUCCGCUCCCUUAGUCACCCACGAGAAGGCUUCUUUUUCCCGACCUUCUUUCUCUCCGUCGCUACAAUCAUUACAAGUACCCAAAGAUAUGCCAUACCAGACAAUCAUGAAGGACUGAAAUGGGCUAUACAAGCAGCUUUCUGGAUAUACGUCGCUUUAACAGCCGUGCUAGCUAUUGGUCAAUACAGCUACGUCUUUGCUGUUCAUAGCCUCAAUCUCCAGAGCUUUAUGCCAACUUUAAUUUUGCCAAUCUUUCCAAUUAUGCUUUCCGGGACGAUUGCGUCUGUCAUAGCAUCAACACAGCCUGAUAUCGCCGCUAUGCCAAUUCUCGUCGCUGGGCUAACAUGCCAAGGCCUUGGGAUGUCGGUUGCCAUACUGAUGUACUCGCACAUGAUUGGACGCUUGAUUCAGUCUGGUCUUCCGAACCGAGAACAUCGCCCUGGUCUUUUCAUGUGCGUUGGUCCACCAGCAUUCACAGCGUUGGCUUUGAUUGGCAUGGCGAAUGGAGUGCCUGGCAGUAUCCAAGAGCUAGCGUUCGAGAAGAGCGUCAUAAGGGUCAUUGCAGUUUCAGUGGCUGUAUCUCUCUGGGCCCUCAGCUUUUGGUGGUUCGGUAUUGCCGUCGUUGCUGUUGUUUCAUCGCCGCCAAAGUAUUUCCAUCUGGGUUGGUGGUCUAUGGUGUUUCCCAAUACAGGCUUUACAUUAGCAACAAUCUCUAUCGGGAAAGAGCUGGCCAGUACCAGUAUGCAGUGGGUGACUACAGGAAUGAGCAUCUGCAUGGUCAUUAUCUUUGUUUUUGUCUUUGUUAACCUUGUACGAGCUGUAUGGGUUCAAGAUAUCAUGUACCCAGGAAGAGAUGAAAAUGUAGAAGACCAUUGAGCUGAGACUGUUGAGGAUGAGUCCUAUGUCUAGAAUCAUUAUACAGUGUUAACGAUAUUUUUUCUCUCUCUUCUCUUUUCCAAUAUUAU